UCAUCUCAGGUUAGAUGGGAGUAGCAGUAACUGAAGACGACAUAACACAUGGGCUUGUUUCCCUUCAAUUUCAGACCAAUCUCAAUGAAUCUGAGCUCUCCCUUCUUCAUUUGAGGAAACGCUCAUUUGAGUUGCUUCUGCAUGCUGCUUCUCAGAGCACUUAUAUUGUUGGCAUGCUCAAUACUAUAACUCACCACAUUGUCACGGGUGACAUGCUGAGAAAAGGGAGCUUGUCCAAGCAUAGAGUGAACAUUGGAUUUGUUGGAGGUGGUAGAUUGAGCAGACACAUAAUAUCAACACUUGUCCAUCAUGGUGUUUGUGUACCACAUGACAUUUCAGUGUCCACUUUUCAACCUGAAAAACUGGACGACCUGGCAAAGACGGGUGUCCAUGUUUGUUGUAAUAAUCGUUUGGUUGUUGAGCAGUCAGACUUAGUUUUUGUUUGUGUUCCAUCCAACCAGCUUGUUGUUCUAAAAAGGGAUGUCGACUUAGCUCCACGACAUUUUUUGAUCAGCUACGUUUCAACUCUCUCCAAACACCAAGUCGCAGAGGAAUUACAGCACUUAAAUUUGCUAAAGACUGAUUACAUGUACAACAAGGAUGCUGCUUACAUGCACAAUGAACCGUACCAGUCUGUGGGGAUGACACUGGAAGAUGAGCUUGUUGUUGAAAAGUUGUUUCCAGGAAUGGAAUGUGGGUUUGUCCACACCUCACCAGAUUGGGUCAGAGACAUGAUUCUAGUGUUUUACAGGUACAUUCUGCGUAUUGCUCCAGAUGGUGCACUUAAUCGUUUGAAUGCUGUUCUGUUUGGAAACAAUCAUGGCUUUUAUCUUCAAGAGAAAGAUUUUAGAGUGACGGGAGGAUCAAAUAGGAUUGCGAGUGAACCGGACCAAUUAAAUGAUAUUGUUGGGGUUGGAGGAAAGGUUUCCAAUCUCAAUGCUAAAAUCAGUCGUAAAGAGACAUUGGAUAUUUUGUACACCAGUUUUCAAUCUUUUUUCAAACCCAAGUCAAUUGAUGUUAGUAAAUAUCAGUGAAAAAAACUUUUACAAUUAUUCAAAAAUUGCAUCAAUUAUAAAAUUGUAACAUGAAGUUGUUUAAAUACCAUGAAUGAUUAAUCCGACAAUCGUAAAAAUUUGCGAAA